AUGAAGAGUUCUCAGUGUUGGUUGGGCUUCCUUCCAGUCUCUGGAUUUGGAAUUGACCAUGCUCUUGUGUUACAGAAGGUUCCUGUUGUAAAAGAGGAAGAUGAACCAGAGGAAGAAGAUGAAGAAGAAAUGGGUCAUGCAGAAACCUAUGCAGAGUAUAUGCCAAUAAAACUAAAAAUUGGCUUACGUCACCCAGAUGCUGUAGUGGAAACUAGCUCUUUAUCCAGCGUCACACCUCCCGAUGUUUGGUACAAAACAUCCAUUUCUGAAGAAACUAUUGAUAAUGGCUGGUUGUCAGCAUUACAACUUGAGGCAAUUACAUAUGCAGCACAACAACAUGAAACUUUCCUACCUAAUGGAGAUCGUGCUGGCUUCUUAAUAGGUGAUGGUGCUGGUGUAGGAAAAGGAAGGACGAUAGCAGGAAUCAUCUAUGAAAAUUACUUGUUAAGUAGAAAAAGAGCAUUAUGGUUUAGUGUUUCUAAUGACUUAAAGUAUGAUGCUGAAAGAGAUUUAAGGGAUAUUGGAGCAAAAAACAUUUUGGUUCAUUCAUUAAAUAAGUUUAAAUAUGGAAAAAUUUCUUCUAAACAUAAUGGGAGUGUGAAAAAGGGUGUUAUUUUUGCUACUUAUUCCUCCCUUAUUGGUGAGAGCCAGUCCGGUGGCAAAUAUAAAACAAGGUUAAAACAACUUCUACAUUGGUGCGGUGAUGACUUCGAUGGAGUGAUAGUUUUUGAUGAAUGUCAUAAAGCAAAAAACUUAUGUCCUGUUGGUUCUUCAAAGCCAACCAAGACAGGCUUAGCAGUUUUAGAGCUUCAGAACAAAUUGCCAAAAGCCAGAGUUGUUUAUGCUAGUGCCACUGGUGCUUCUGAACCACGUAAUAUGGCCUAUAUGAACCGCCUUGGAAUAUGGGGCGAGGGGACUCCAUUCAGAGAAUUCAGUGAUUUUAUUCAAGCAGUAGAACGGAGAGGUGUUGGUGCCAUGGAAAUAGUUGCUAUGGAUAUGAAGCUUAGAGGAAUGUACAUUGCUCGACAGCUGAGCUUUACUGGUGUGACCUUCAAAAUUGAAGAAGUUCUUCUUUCUCAGAGCUAUGUUAAAAUGUAUAAUAAAGCGGUCAAAUUGUGGGUCAUUGCCAGAGAGCGAUUUCAGCAAGCCGCAGAUCUCAUUGAUGCUGAGCAACGAAUGAAGAAGUCCAUGUGGGGUCAGUUCUGGUCUGCUCACCAGAGGUUUUUCAAAUACUUAUGCAUAGCAUCCAAAGUUAAAAGAGUUGUGCAGCUAGCUCGAGAAGAAAUCAAGAAUGGAAAAUGUGUUGUAAUUGGUCUGCAGUCUACAGGAGAAGCCAGGACUUUAGAAGCUUUGGAAGAGGGUGGGGGAGAAUUGAAUGAUUUCGUUUCAACUGCCAAGGGAGUGUUGCAGUCUCUCAUUGAAAAGCAUUUCCCUGCUCCAGACAGGAAAAAGCUUUAUAGUUUGCUGGGAAUUGAUUUGACGGCUCCAAGUAACAAUAGUUCACCAAGAGAUAGUCCUUGCAAAGAAAAUAAAAUAAAGAAGCGAAAAGGUAAAUACUUCUACAAAAUUAGCUAA